AGUGCGCAUGCGCUGUGCCCUUUCUGUCUAAAACACUAGCACAGACGUUUCCUUCCGCCGCCGUCCUCCAUCCCAGAGUCAGACAGCCACAUAAAACCUCAACAACAUGAGCUUCACGGUGGAAGAGAGGGGAAACCCGAACUCCCUGAACUACCGCUUGUUCUUCAAAAAUGCUGAAGGAAAGUACAUCUCACCAUUCCAUGACAUACCAAUAUAUGCUGAUGAGAGUCAGAAUAUCUUUCACGUGGUGGUUGAGGUACCAAGAUGGACAAAUGCAAAGAUGGAGAUCGCUACAAAAGACCUCUUGAACCCAAUAAAGCAAGACGUGAAGAAGGGCAAGUUGCGAUAUGUUGCCAAUGUUUUCCCUCAUAAGGGCUACAUAUGGAACUAUGGAGCCAUUCCUCAGACAUGGGAAGAUCCCACGCACAAAGAUGGAGACACUGACUGCUGCGGUGACAACGACCCCAUUGAUGUCUGUGAAAUCGGCAGUAAGGUGUGUUCCCGCGGAGAGGUAAUCAAAGUGAAAGUGCUCGGGGUCCUGGCCAUGAUCGAUGAGGGUGAGACUGAUUGGAAAGUGAUUGCAAUCAAUGUAGAGGACCCUGAAGCCAACGACUUGAACAACAUCAGUGAUGUCAAGCGCCUGAAGCCUGGUUAUCUGGAGGCCACGGUCGACUGGUUCAGGAGGUACAAAGUGCCAGAUGGGAAACCAGAGAACCGCUUCGCUUUCAAUGAUGAGUUUAAAGACAAGGACUUUGCCAUUGAAGUAAUCAAGAGCACCCAUAACUUCUGGAAAGCCCUCAUUUCCCAAAAGGCCAAAGCCGGUGAACUGAAAUGCAAAAACACGUGUGUGUCGGCCGGUGACAGCCCUUUCUGCUGCUCAGUAGAUGAGGCCAAAGCAGCUGUUGGUGAAACAUGUCCUUGUGGAAAGGAAGAACCUAUCCCUUCAUCAGUCGAUAAAUGGUUCUACUAUGAGAAGAAGUAAUCCAGGCACUGGUUGGAUUGGAGCAGAGUGAAAGGCUCAUCUCUCAGGAAUACUUGAAGAUGGUCUUACAUUAGGAACCAAUGGGGGGAAGGGAUGGGAUGGGACAUGGAUGGUUGGGUCUGGAUUGGAUGUUUUCCUGUAGAUGAAGAGGUUAUAGGUAGAUACUGUAGAGAGAAAUGUCAAAAAAGUACCCAUGUCUUGACCAAUGAUUUUAUUUAACAAAGAUCUCACUGGAGAUGUGCUGUUAUAAGCAAAGUACAGGUAAUGUGCCUACUAGAUACUUGCUCUGUAUGAGACAUUGAACUGCUUUAAUAAAGCUUCUGGGGUUAAAUUAUCA